AGUAGGUAGGUACUUAAGUCAAUACCUUCACGUAUAAAGAAGCACACAACUGUUUUUACAGUAGUCGCUGUAAAUCGUUAAUAACGAUAAAGAACUGAUUGUACCUAGACCGACAAAUCGUAAAUGCAUUUAGCGGUGUCACUAUUUAUGUAAGAUCGAAAUUCACAUAAACCAUGUCCAGAUGGAUGUUGACUGCUAAAGGACAAAAAGUUCUUUUUUUAUAAUUCGUGCUGUGACAUAAAUUGUUACCUACCGUAGUUCGUUUGCUGGCAUUCGUAUAAUAUUCGGAAUAAUAUUAUGAUAACUCCAGAAAUGUCAACCUCAAUCAAUAAGCAACCGACAUCGCUCGAAUCGGGUCGACAAUGGAAUCAUACCUCUCAAGGGCACGAUAAUCCUGUAUUCGACACCCCCCGAAGUCGGAAAGUUUCUGCCACAUCAGAUCACUCGGAUAUGGGCCCAGUUCGCAAAAAAAGCAUUCUCCACAAUAACAGUUCUACAGAUCUUGGAAGGCACAUUGGAGAUGAACGGUCGAAGAAAACGUCAGUUACAGAAUCAGUGCAUUCACGAGCACGAUUUUCUGAUAUAGAAGAAGAAAAUAGGUCGUGGUGGUACUCAUUCUGCCUCAAGUGUAGAUCAAAGGAAUCGCAUCCAUCAUGGCGACCGUCAUUUUGGAGCAAAGCUUGCCCUUAUCCUUUUUGUCCCACAUACCGUCAGUUUUCCAGAAUAGUCGCUAUCUCACUGAUAGGGUUGCUAGCGUGGGGAAUAGUCUAUUCUGUAAUUGGAGAUACAGCCGCUCCCGGGGGACAAUUAUUUCAGUUAAUUUUUCUCAGUAUAGCCGCCCAUUUCGGGGGUUGGCUGAUGACACUCACCACACUGCCAGCUCUUAUAGGAAUGCUUGCAGUCGGCCUUUUAUUUGGAAAUGUUGGUUUAGUAGAAUUCGAUGAUUCAUUUGCGGAAGUAACCAAAGUUUUAAGAGAAAUUGCAUUGGUUAUUAUCCUAACUCGAGCAGGAUUAGAUUUGGAUCCGCAGGCUCUUAAAAAGCUAAAAUUUACAGUUCUAAAACUCGGUGUUGGUCCUUGGCUAAUCGAAGCCGCUGUAAUUACGGUUAUGUCCCGAUUUCUUCUUCAACUUCCUUGGGACUGGAGUAUGCUUUUGGGAUCUAUUGUAGCAGCCGUUUCUCCAGCAGUCGUCGUACCAUGUCUGUUUCGAUUACGCAGAAAAGGAUACGGAGUUGCCAAAGGCAUUCCAACGCUUAUAAUAGCGGUUGCUGGAAUAGACGAUGCCCUAUCAGUAGCAGGCUUUGGAAUAAUUAGAAGUAUCAUGUUUUCGAACGAUACAUUGCUAAUGCAGAUUUUACAAGGUCCAAUUUGCGUAAUUGGCGGAAUAGGAUUCGGGAUACUAUGGGGAGCCAUAAGCAGCGUUGCCCCCGAGAGAUACGAUCCUUUUGUUGUACCUCUCAGGAUUAUUAUGUUGCUGUCUGGUGGACUGAUCGCGGUCAUGGGAAGCGAAGUGAUAGGAUACAGUGGAGCGGGUCCUUUAGGAUGUGUGGCUGCAGCAUUCGUGUCGCUAUGCUUCUGGACCAAACAAGGAUGGGAAGUGGAAGACAAUCCUGCAGCUAUAGCCUUUGAAAUAUUUUGGAUGAUUUUUGAACCGAUAUUGUUUGGCGUAACUGGAGCGCAAGUUAAAUUUUCUGAACUGUCACCUGAUGUAGUGUCCAUUGGACUUGGAUGUCUUGUUGGAGGAAUCGUUCUGAGGAUAUGUGGAACUGCCCUGUUGGGAAUCGGUUGCAGACUGAAUUUGAAAGAGAAAUUUUUCGUCGGAAUUGCUUGGAUGUCCAAAGCAACUGUUCAGGCUGCAUUGGGUCCAAUACCAUUAUCGUUGGUGGGGACCAAUGCCGACACGACCGAAUAUGCAAACAAAGUGCUAAUGGUCUGCGUCUUGUCCAUCAUACUGACUGCUCCAACGGGAGCAACACUAAUCACAAUUUUCGGUCCGCGGCUUCUUACUAAAACUAAAAUUCCGCACAUUCCCGAAGGAUGGAGACGAAGUCAUCGUCCAUCGAUUAGGGAUAUUAGUAUUAUCGAUGAAGAUGAGGAAAGAACUGAUAGCAGCAUAGAACAAUCCAAUGGUAAUGGUAUUGGGAAGAUGACGUCCCAAACAAAAUUGGACGUUUAAUAAGCCAUGGUAAUGGUAAAUUAGCGAAGAAAAUAGAAAUGAGAUUUGUGCUUUAUGGAACACAAUAACAAAAUUUUAAAUUUAUUGUGCCCAAUACCAAUGGAAAAUAAGUCAAGAUUACUUAUACGUAUGGCAUCAGCGAAUCAUAGUGUAAAAUGUGAGCAUUUUGCUACUUAAUAUUAGUGAUUUUAUUAAAUCUAAAUUUUAAUAAAUACCUUCAUUCUCGUCCCGGAAAAAAACGUAGCUGUGCUUUUUUUGGAAUUUUGUAUACGACGAGAGAAACGGUAGGUACAUUAAAAGAAUGAAAUGUGAUCGAACGAUAUUUAGAAUGUACCUGUACCUAAAUAAUGCUGUCCUUGUAUUUAUGAUAUAUACAAUUGUACAUAAAGAAUAUCUGUAGAUAAGUAAAUAAAGAGUUCUUGUUAUUAAGAGUA